UAAAUUGCCUCCACAUACACAAAUUGAUUUCACACACAAUUCUCAAUCUCAAUGAUGAAGCCAAGAACUAUUUCUCUCAUCAAUCUCUACAUUUUAGCCAUUUCCACACCAUUAGCCUUCACCAAUUGCAUAUCAAGCUAUGAUCCGCAAAGCAUAGAUGACUCAAUCAAGAAUGCAGCCACAACACAAAGUGCUCAACUCCAACCUACUUCACCAUAUCAAACUCCUCAAAACUACCCUCCAUUGUGCUCGUAUCCGCCGCCGCCGUCGUCGACCCUCCUCCCGCCACCCGCGCGGGCCCCGACUCCGCCGUCCCUAACACCUCCGUCGCCCUCCGCGAAACCCGGCCACGGGUCGUGGUGCGUGGCGAAGCCCUCGGUGCCCGCCCCGACGAUCCAGCAGGCGUUGGACUACGCCUGCGGGUCGGGCGCCGACUGCGGGCCCACGCAGCCGGGCGGCGCGUGCUCCCAACCGGACACUGUGGUUGCGCAUGCUUCAUUUGCUUUCAAUAGUUAUUGGCAAAAGACUAAGUCUAGUGGUGGAACUUGUGACUUUGGAGGCUCGGCUAUGAUUGUCAAUGUUGAUCCAAGUUAUGAUCAGUGCCAUUUCCUCUCCACCUGAAGUCCCAAGGCACAAUAAAAGAUCCUACAAUCGAUAUGUUUAAACAAAUUUGCUAAUUGUUGUAUGCAAUUAAAGAAAUGCACAUUUGUUUAAGCUCUACAAUAAUUUGUAGUUUAGGUACAAGAGAUUUAUGUUAUUUCUAGUUUUAUAAUAUAUAUUUUCCCAAAAAGCUCUAUGCUACUCCAUAAUUUUAUUUAUUUGAAUCGAAUUAUA